AUGUCUGUCACCAAAACUACUGUUCUAUUGGCCUCUCUUGCUGCCAUUGCCUCUGCCCAAUCUGGUUACGAAGUUGCUGAGUUCAAUGCUAUUUUAGUCGAUGUUCAAGCUCAUUUACAAGAAUACAUGUCAUUGGCUAUGAAUAAUGCUGACUUCACUAUUCCAAGUGGUGUUUUGGAAGUUUACGAACAAUUGACUACUUACACUGAUGAAACCUACACCACUUUGUUCUCAGCGAUCAACUUUGCCCAAGUUACUACCGUUAUGGAACAAGUUCCAUGGUACUCUUCAAGAUUGAUUCCAAUUAUUUCCUCCUACAUGGAAGCACACAGUAUUACCGAAACCGAUGGUGCUAGCUCUGUUGUUGCCACCUCAGCCGCUGCUUCAUCUAUUGUCUCUUCCUCUGCUGCUGCUUCCUCCUCAUCAGGGGCUGUCUCCUCAUCUUCCUCUGCUGCUGACUCCUCAUCCUUAUCUGCUUCUUCAGCUUCUUCUUCAUCUGCUGCUUCUUCAUCCUCAUCCGCCGCUUCUUCAUCCUCAUCCGCCGCUUCUUCGUCCUCCUCCUCAUCUGCUUCUGCUUCUUCUACCGCUGCUUCCAACGGUACUUCAAGCUCUUCUGCAAACGCUGGUGCCGCUUUGAACAUGGGUAUGUUCUCUGCUGGUAUGGGUGCUGCCAUUGCUGGUGCCGCCGCUUUAUUGUUAUAA